AUGGAGAGAAAUAAUUUAAAGAAAAGAAAAUCCUUAGAUGGAAGUAGUCCCAAUAUUAAUAAUAGUAAUAGUAAUAAAAAGUCAAAUAUAGCAUCACCUCCAUCAUCACCACUUAAUAAUAAUAAUAAUAGGAUAUUUAAAAACAAUAAGAAACACAGAAAAUCAUUAGAUAGAAUUAGUAAUUCACCAAAAAAUACAACUUCAACCACAACUACAACUUCAACCACAACUACAACUUCAACCACCACAGAUGAUUUAGAAUUACCACCAAUGCCACUAUCUUUUAUAGAUACAUCUAAAAAAAGAACUGAAUCAUUAUUACCAGGAACAUCAUCAUCUUCAAAUGAAAUUAAAGCAGAAAAAAUAGAAAAUAAAUCCACCAAUAGAAAUCAAAAUAGUCAUACAGAGGAUGAUGAUAGAUUAGUUCGUGUAUAUGCUGAUGGUAUUUAUGAUUUAUUUCAUUUUGGUCAUGCAAGAUCACUUCAACAAGCAAAAUCUUUAUUCAAAAAUACUUAUCUUAUAGUUGGAGUAUGUAAUGAUGAAAUUACACAUAAAUUAAAAGGUAAAACAGUUAUGAAUGGUGAAGAAAGAGCAGAAUCAUUGAGACAUUGUAGAUGGGUUGAUGAAGUUGUAGAGAAUGCACCAUGGGUAGUAACACAAGAGUUUAUUGAUCAACACAAUAUAGACUACGUUUCACAUGGGGAAGAUUUAUGUUUGGAUAAAGAUGGUAAUGAUAUUUAUCAAUUUGUAAAGGAUCAAGGUAAAUUUAGAACUAUUAAACGAACUGAUGGUAUCUCAACAUCUGACAUAAUCCUACGAAUUGUAAAAGAUUAUGACAGUUAUGUAAUGAGAAACCUCUCCAGAGGUUACACUGGUAAACAAAUGAAUGUUGGCGUUUUAAAAGAGAAAUCACUACAAUUCGAAGAGAAAAUCAAUCAAAUCAAAUCAAAAGUUAAAUUAUGGUCUGACCAAACUGAAAAUAAUAUUCAUUCAUUCUUACAAAGAUUCUCCAAAAGAAUUCCAAUGAAUUGGGAGAAAAAACUAUUAACUUCUCCAACACUUUCAGAUGGUAGUAAUGAUGAUUCAAUUCUUAAUGAAUCCUAUCAAGAGAGUGUUGAUAAUAAUAAUAAUAAUAAUGACAUUCAAUCACCACCAACACCACAUACUUCCUCUUCCGCUCCAACCUCACCAAUUCAUUCAAAAAAAUCACCAUUAACAUCAAAAGAUAAUUCAAUUGGUUUAUCUGCUUAA